AAAAAGCGGCGGGUAAAAGUGAGUAUUUCUACUGUUUAUUCUCUCCCCCUUGCAAAACCUGAAAUGCUCGUCAUCUUUGGCAUGAUACCGUCGUUUCCUUACCGUGGGUGACAUAAAAUGCAUUCCAGCAUGUGGACUUAUCUACGUUCUCUUAUAUGCUUUCGGCCAAGAGGAUAUGACUUGUUGUAUCAAAAUUUGCCCCAGCAUGCGACUGACAUGCGGCAGUGUGACGAGAAGAGACCAUCAUGUACGAAUUGCGUGAACCAUUCUAUCGAAUGUGAUUUUUCCAUAUCUACUCCGACCUCGCCAUCACCAUCACCACCUGCUACAUCUUCCGCUCGUCAACGGUACCGAUUCAAACAAUCCAAAUAUCAGACUUUAGCUUCCUCGGCGCCUAAUGAAGGAAACCAGCGCCCUGGCGGCAAUUCUGUUGCCGUCCAAUGCGAUCUUUCCGCCAACAACAGUGCCACGGGCGGAAUCUCGUUUGCGGAUCUUCAACUCUUUCAUCACUAUCUCAUAUCAACAUAUCGCACCCUCACAGAUGAGGCCUCGGAUCCAUAUGGUGUUUGGUCGAUUCACAUCCCGCAGUGGGGAGUUUCGUUUCCCUCAAUCCUCCACCUAAUGCUGGCCUUGUCCGCCCUCCACCUUGGUCAUCAAAAGCCAGAUCUUCGACAUCAGUAUGUGAUGCAGGCCAAUGACCAUUUUACAUUUGGAAUCCGAUCUGUUACUACCGUUCUCUCUCAAUUGAACUCUGAGAAUUGUCAGAUGAUUUAUAUGUCAGCGGUCAUGAUCUGUCUCGUUUAUUUCGGACAUGGCCCCCGACCGGGUGAAUAUCUUGUUUUCAGUAGCCAGGGGCAGGCUGAGUGGCUGGUUCUCAUGAGGGGAGUUCGCUCUAUUCUGGCAACAAAUCAUGGCAGGAUUUUCUCGGGUAUCCUGACACCUCAGACGGAUGAUAGCAUUCAAAGCGUCAGUCCCGACUUACAGGAGGAAUUACGUCAACAUCGCGAUCGCAUUGCUGAGAUAAAAGCUUUGAUCGAGAUGCAGACGGCUAGCCCCGAAAAGAACUUGUACCUUGGUGCUGUGAGCGGCUUACCGGACACUUUUGAGGAGGCCUAUAAGAUGCGUAGUGUAGGGAAAGACGGUGUAUGUUUAUUGCCUAUGGUCAUAGGCUGGAUAUAUCGACUCCCAGAACCAUUUGUCAUACUUCUCGAGAAGAAGGACCCUUUCGCACUCGUGAUACUGGGCCAUUGGAGCAUUCUUCUAACCUAUAUGACCUCGUCCUGGCUCUUUGUUGGUUGGGAUAAACAUGUUAUCAAAGGCAUUCGGGCUUCUCUAAAGGAGGAGUUUCACGACUGGAUUAGAUGGCCUGAGACUGUUAUUAACAUACGGGCCUAGUAUAUAAUUCAUCUGUGGACCCUCUUGGGUGAAGGACCCGACAGUAACUGUAUCAUAGAUCCCUUUGAGAUUGUACAAAUUUGC